CAAGCCUGCAACCUGGGCAUGUGCCCUGACCAGGAAUUAAACCAUGACUUCCUGGUUCAUGGGUCAACUCACCCACUGAGCCACACUGGCCGGGCCAAAUAUGUCUUUACUCCUUCCCCAAUAACUGUACUAUCAACUUCCUGGGUAAGGGCUAUGAUGCCUGACUUAUCUUUCUCUAAUAUCUGCACUCCCACCAGGGCCUGAUAGGCUUACAGUAGACCCCUAAUAAAUGUCAGGUGAAUAGAGGAGAGUAACAUGUGUGUAUUUGCUUUUUGGGUGUUGUCUGUGUAUAUGUUACUGUAGUGAGUUCAAGUCUUUAUGUGCAUCUCACAGAGUGUUUAUAGUUGUGUGUGUGAUGAGGGCUUGCUUCCAGGUGUGCCAGAUGAUGACAGUUUGUGUCUGUUUCUGAGACUGAGUGCAUGUUUGUGUGUUUCUGUCUGUGAUAGCGCAUCUGUGGUUCUUUCUGAUGGGGUGGAUGUCCAUUUGUGUUCCUGUGAUGGAUUCUGGGCAGCUAUUUCUGAACAGUGUCAGUGACAGUGCUGUAUGCCUGCGGGUACAUGCAUGUCUAUGACUGGAUCUAUCCGUCACAGGUAUCACAUAUAUAUGUUUGCCUUUGCAGCAGUGCAUGUGUGUCUCAAGCAUUUGUGUGGCUUCCUGGGACAGCACAAGUUUUUAUGUGACAGUGCAUAUUUGACGGUGCCAGUGCCUUUGUGACAAGUUCUGGUGGUGUGUCUGACAGACAUUUCUGUGUCAUUGUCACAUGGUAAUGUAGGUCUACGUGAAUCUCUCUGGAGUGCCUGUCUUUCUGUGACUAUCUGUGUCAUUCUGGGAUAUGACUCUCUGGCAGCAUGCCUGCCUGACAGUGGAUGGAGCUCUUUGUGACAGUGCACGUCUCCAUGUGUGUCUAGGACAAGUUUACAUGAAUGUGAUGAUACGUAUUUGUGUAUAUCUCAUUUGGUACUUCAUGUGUGUCUCUUUGGAGUGCAUGUCUGUCUUCCUGCAGCAUGAGGCCCGACUCUGUUUUUCUCAAAUUUGUGACUAAGGGUUUUUACCACCUCUCAGCCCCUGUCUCUCACCUGGAGCACACCCCCAAGCCACCACCACUCUGGCUUGCUCCUACAUCUCAAGAACCACCCCCCCACACCCGCCCUUCCAGAUUCUGGACCUGCUGACUGGGCUCACAGCUGGCCGGGUUUAGCCCCAAAAACACCCCCACAGGCCGCCUCUCUGUGAUGCUGCCUUUGACCAGCAUGCUCCUGUUAUAGUGGUCAGGGGGUUGCCCUCCCUGGCAGCUAAACAGAAUCUUCCAGGAUCCCCAGCUUCAGUUUCAGGGCAGGGGCCAUGGGUCGCCUAACCUAGAGGGCCCUUGUCCUUGGUGAGGAGCAUCCUUGAGAGACAGGGUUCUGGAUAGCCACUGGCCCAGAUUCUGAGAAGCUGGGCCUGGCGUUAUCUCCGUGCUAAUCUUGAGGCAGCAGCAAACCAACUUCCUAGGAAAGGAGGGGGUGCAGCUUUUUUUUUAAGUUUUUUUUCUAUAUAUAUACAUAUACGCACAUAUAUAAAAACAACCCCGUGCAACAACCAAAACAAAUGCAGUUGCUGCAAAGGGAUUCCCAGAACCGGUUUCCUCUUCGCGCGCGCCCCCUCAUUUGCAUGCAGACCCCGCCCCCACGGAAGAUCCGGGCGCGUAUUUGCAUAAGGGGGUACUUGAGACCUGGAGGGUGGUAUGCAAAUGAGGACUGGCUCCGAUUGGCUGCGGUACAGCAGGUGCCGCGUCCGGAUUGAUCAAAGCCAAGUGGGCGGGGCCGUCGCUCUGAGCGACUCUCUCGGGAGGCGCGUGCCCCGGCUCAGUAGCGUUGGGGCUGGCGAGCGCGACGAAUCAGAGCAUUGCGCCGUCUGUGGGCGCUUCUGGGCCACCGGCUUCUCCGCCUUCCACCCUGGCGCCCCCAAGUCCUGGCUCCCCAUCCUCGCUGCCCAGGGCGUCGACGCCCUGCGGGCUCAGCGGGCUCAAUCUGCGCAGCGCCUCCUCCAUGUUGAGCAAACCUCUUCAGGGGCUCGCGGUGGCCCCCGUGACCCCCACACCGCCGCCAGGAGGCAAGGAUCGGGAAGCAUUCGAGGCCGAGUACCGACUUGGCCCCCUGCUGGGAAAGGGGGGCUUUGGCACAGUCUUCGCAGGACAUCGCAUCACAGACCGGCUCCAGGUGGCCAUCAAAGUGAUCCCCCGGAAUCGCGUGUUGGGCUGGUCCACCCUGUCAGAGUCGGUCACAUGCCCACUGGAAGUAGCACUGCUGUGGAAGGUGGGUGCAGGUGGUGGACACCCUGGUGUGAUCCGCCUGCUUGACUGGUUUGAGACCUCAGAGGGCUUCAUGCUGGUCCUUGAGCGGCCUUUGCCUGCCCAGGAUCUCUUUGACUACAUCACAGAACAGGGCCCGCUUGGUGAAGAACGGAGCCGCUGCCUCUUCACCCAGGUAGUGGCAGCCGUUCGGCACUGCCACGCCCGUGGAGUUGUUCAUCGUGACAUCAAGGAUGAAAACAUCCUGAUAGACCUCCGCCGAGUCUCUAUCAAACUCAUUGAUUUUGGUUCUGGUGCCCUGCUUCAUGAUGAGCCCUACACUGACUUUGAUGGGACAAGGGUAUACAGCCCCCCGGAGUGGAUCUCUCGUCACCAGUAUCAUGCACUCCCGGCCACUGUCUGGUCACUGGGUAUCCUUCUCUAUGACAUGGUAUGCGGAGACAUUCCCUUCGAGAGGGACCAGGAGAUUUUGGAGGCUGAGCUCCACUUCCCUGACCAUGUAUCCCCAGACUGUUGUGCUCUAAUCCGCCGGUGCCUGGACCCUAAACCUUCUGCUCGACCCUCACUGGAGGAGAUCCUGGUGGAUCCCUGGAUGCAGACACCAGCUGAGGAUGCACCCCCUGAUACUCCUAAAGGGGGUUCUGCCCCUUUGGCCUGGUCCCUGCUGCCCUAGUUGGGCUGCCCCAUGGCCAUGCCACAGGAAUAGGACAUCUGUUGAUCUGGUUUUACAGGUCAUUAAAAAAUCCAGUGUUACUAGGGUCAGAGAUUGGGGAUCAGGGGUCAGAAAACAUAUGCCAAGUCUGCCCAGUCCCCAUCCCAAUCCUGUUAAGGAGCCUUCCUCCCAGAAUUUACAGUUUCUUAUUCUGGAGGGGGGACUUCCUUGCUUCUCAUUUUACUAAGUAUGUUUAUUUGGUUGAAGUUAAUUCCAUUCUGAGCCCCAGGAAUCUGUGUUACAACCCUUACACUGGCACCUCCUGCCUGCUACACCACACAAACUUAGUUGAAAUGCUCUAACUUGGGCAAGGGUGCUUUUGUUGGAAUACCCCAGCAGCUCUUAUUUUAGUAAAGGGACUGUUUUCCUUUAGUGUAGGUUAAGAUUCCAUGUUCAGUCAAGCUGCUUGCCUACCUCAGCCCAGGGUUGAUUAUUCUGGGGGAGGUAAUGCCCUAUUGUUAUCCCAGGGCUUUUUUUUCUCUUUUUUUGUCUUGUUUUUUUUGGUGAAGGGACCCUACUCUGUUAUUCCAAGUGCUCUUAUUCUGGUGAGGAGAAACCCUACUUCCAAGAUUUGGGAAGGAAUGGGAGAUGGACACCACCAGAGUCCACUAGGAUGGGUUGGAUGGUUUUUUGGGGGGAUAGGGUGGGGGAAAUAAGUCUUGUUGUUUGUUCUCCUAGGGCCUCCCCCUCCACCUUUUUUGGAUUCUUGCUGCCUCCUUCUGAGCCAGGAUUGUCCAGUUGCUGAAAUGUAAAUACUUAUGUAUUAGGAGGAAGGGAGCUCCAACUGUGUCAUCCUCUCCCUUCUCCACAUGCCUGGAUUAUUUAAAAAGCCAUGUGUGGAAACCCACUAUUUAAUAAACGUAAUAGAAUCACAA